GAAGUGACGUUUUCCGAGAGCUCGCGCAGCCGCACCCGGCCGCUGCUAGCUAUCCCUUACCCCGGCAGUCUGCACCUGGCUGCGGCGGCGAUAACCGGCGUCUCCGUCGUUUAGUCAGUGGGGAACCCACUGCCAGCCUGCCUCAGUCCUGGUGACUAGGAAGAGUUAAUGCUACCGAGUCUUCGGGCCCGUCAAAGCCUAGAGGGUCCUGCUCCGGCUCGUUGGCACCUGGAAUGGAUAAAAGUGGCAGUUUUUGUUUCUUCCCAUGAGGUUAUAUAUCUGGAAUAAGAACCGUGAAAUUAACCUAGACUAGGACAUUUCUAAGGACCUGGAAUGGCUUUGGGCAGCACCAGGAGGACCUGAAAGGAAUAUUUGAGGGCACAGAGCUUCAUAAGAGUUUUGCAACAGAAGGAUUCAUGGAAAAUAAUUGAUCAGAAACACCAGUAGAGAAACCAUUUAGAUUUCUUCAGGCUGUGGAAAAGUUGAGUCUUGGCUCAAAUUAAGUAAAAUAUACACCGAAGAGAAAUCAAAGUUCAAACAUGAAAAGUAUGUUACUUUAAACUGUGGUAAAAUAUUUGUAAAAUUUUGGGGCUCAUCUCUAAGAAUUGCCAUGAUUUUGAAACUUGAUAAUAUCUCAAAUAGAGAAUAAUUUCAGUGGAAAAUAACACUUAAGAACACAUGAAAUGUACAGAAGGAAGAUGAUCUGAGAGUGGAAAAGUGCCACUACCAAAUAAAUAUUUAUAUACUUAGAAAUUACCUUAACAAAUACAAGAGACACUCAAGUUAAAGCUCAGUCUUUGAGAAUGCUAUAUUGAAUGCAGUGAAAGUUGGAUUUCUUUCAUAUUUGCAACAAAAUCUACUAACGUUCUUCUUCAUUUCAAGAUUCUAUAUGACUGUUCCUGAAUUCCACCUCUCCAGACAUCCCAAUUCAAUGUACUCAUACCUUGGGAUCUUUAACCAAGUAGAUGAACUGCUACCCAAUGAACAAAUAACUACGUACAGAGCAAUAUGAGUACCAUUUUCUUUUCUCUCAGUGAGGUGAAAUUAGGUCUUUUUGGAAGCAGAGAAAGCAUACAACAUCUCUGUUACACAGGAUUACUCUGUCAUUGCCUUUAAGUCUUUUACCCUCCCUUCUUUUAAAGCAUCACUUUUUAUUGAGACUACUAUUCCUACCUUGGACUAUUCUUGUGGGCACAUCUUGUUCGAUGCUUCCUCUCUUCAUUUUGUCCCUUUUCUUAUAUAAUGUUAGGGAAAGUAUGCAGGUAUCUCCAUCAUUCUUGACUGGGACUGCUGUAUUUGUUAAGGGAGAGGGGAAGGAGCAGGGUAGAGGUUCCAAAAACUGAUCCCUCAUGUCUUUCAGUGGCAACAGCCAGAUAGGACUUUGGUGAUGACAGCUUUCAGAGUACAUAAGACCUUUAACUCUAGACUUGUUUUUCAAUCAUGAUAAUCCUUUUCAACCCAUUACCCUCCACAAAUGCCUGUGCCUUCUGAGACUUUGUGACAGUUUUGGGGGGUUUUUUAAAACAUUUUUUCCAAUUCAGUAAGGCUUUUUCCUUUGUUUUCUCUUGCUGGUUGUUCAAAAUCAUUCAGUAUGAAUAAAAGAGGGAAAUAUACAACACUGAAUUUGGAGGAGAAAAUGAAGGUUCUAAGUAGGAUUGAAGCUGGACGAUCACUUAAAAGUGUAAUGGAUGAGUUUGGAAUCAGUAAAUCAACAUUUUAUGACAUUAAGAAAAACAAGAAAUUGAUUUUGGACUUUGUACUGAAGCAGGACGUGCCAUUAGUAGGGGUUGAGAAGAGAAAGAGGACAACGGGAGCCAAAUAUGGUGAUGUAGAUGAUGCAGUCUACAUGUGGUACCAACAGAAACGCUCAGCUGGUGUCCCUGUUAGAGGUGUGGAGCUUCAGGCAGCUGCAGAGAGAUUUGCACAGUGUUUUGGGCGAACAGACUUCAAAGCAAGCACUGGUUGGCUUUUUAGAUUUCGAAAUAGGCAUGCAAUUGGGAACCGAAAAGUAUGUGGGGAACAAGUCCUAAGUUCAGCUUCUGAAAAUCUUGAGCCAUUUCGACAAAAACUGUCCAUGAUAAUCAAAAAAGAGAAAUUGCAUCUGGCUCAGCUAUACAGUGGGGAUGAGACUGACCUUUUUUGGAAGUCAAUGUCAGAAAAUACUGAGGCUAGUAGAAAAGAUAUUUGCCUUCCAGGAAGGAAAAUAAACAAAGAACAGUUGUCUGCCCUUUUAUGUGCAAAUGCAGAUGGAACUCAUAAGUUAAAAUCAAUCAUUAUUGGAAAAUCCAAGAUGCCCAGAAGUGUUAAAGAGGACACAAGUACAUUACCAGUAAUAUAUAAACCUAGUAAAGAUGUUUGGUUCACCAGAGAAUUGUUUUCAGAAUGGUUUUUUCAAAACUUUGUUCCGGAGGUCCGGCAUUUUCAACUUAAUGUUCUAAGGUAUCAUGAAGAGGAUGUCAGGGCAUUGUUACUUCUGGACAAUUCCCCCUCUCACCCUUGCCCUGAAUCACUAAUUAGUGAAGAUGGUCGGAUAAAAUGCAUGUUUUUUCCCCAUAACACUUCAACCUUGAUUCAACCAAUGAAUCAAGGUGUGAUCUUGAGCUGCAAACGACUUUACAGGUGGAAGCAACUUGAAGAGAGUCUUGUAAUUUUUGAAGAAAGUGAUGAUGAGCAAGAUAAAGGAGAAAAAGGAGUUUCCAAAAUUAAAAUCUACAAUAUAAAAAGCGCAAUUUUUAACUGGGCAAAAAGCUGGAAUGAAGUAAAACAAAAAACUAUAGCAAAUGCAUGGGAAAAUCUUCUUUACAAAAAAGAACCUGAAUAUGAUCUUCAAGGUCUAGAAGACGGGGAUUAUAGAGAAAUUCUUGAAAAAUGUGGGGAGUUGGAAACCAAGCUGGAUGAUGAUAGGGUGUGGUUAAAUGGAGGUGAUAAAGAAAUGAGGAGUCCCCCGGAAACACAAGGUAGAAUUACAAAGGAAGUUGUUGAAAAAGGAAGAGGAACUGAGAAGCAGACUGCUGAAUUUAAAUUAUCCGCUGUACGAGAGAAUUUGGAGUACCUUCUUGAGUUUGUUGAUGCCACACCUGAAUUUCAGAGGUUCCAUUUCACACUGAAAGAGAUGCAACAAGAAAUAGUCAAGAAACAAUUUCAGAGUAGAAGUCAUUCUAGAAUUGGUAGCUUUUGGAAACCUAGGCCUCAUUAUAUUAAGGAUUCCUUCGGUGGACCUUCAACUUCUGGUUCUAGUAAUUAGAUUUUGUGUUUAGAGGGGGAUAUCUGCAGUUGUAUGAUAAUAUAAUAGGCCUGUUGGGAACUGUCAUAUCAUCUGACAUUAUUGCAUAUCAAUGCCCAUUUAUGUUUGGUUAUAAAAUACACAGUUUGAAAAUAA